CGGUCGGGGUGACGCUCUACAGCAUCCUGUGCGGCUGUUUCCCCUUCAGAGGAGCACGGAAGGACACCUCCAGAAGAAGACUGCGCUUCCCUAGACAGCUGUCUAGAGGCAAGAGACAGACGUCACGUCCAGAUCCAGAAAGGAGGCGACAGAUGUGAAAGACACCGCUGAGAUGGUGAAGGAGGCCUUGCAGCAGGCUGAGCGCAGACUCGGAGCUAAAACCUUCGGCUGCUGAAGUUGGAAAGCGAUGUAGCUUUGCUGAAAGAAAAGGCACUCAACACCUCCAACAGCACAGAGAAAGAGACGGACAGCAUCAAGCAGCUCAAAAAGGUGCAUGAAUCACCUGGAUAUGAUACGUCAUCUGCUAUGAAGUGUUGUGGGUUUGUAACCUAUACUAUACAUGACUGUUUAUGCAGGAUCUGGAUUCUGAGCUGAAGGACAAGUACAGUAGUGUUGAGGAGCUAAUCACACAGAAAGCAGAAGGAGUGGCAGAGGCCAAGAAAAGAGCAGAGAAACUCCAACAGGAAGCCAAAACUCUGCUGCUACAGGCCAGUGACAAACUCCAGCUGCUAAAAAAUCUUGAGAAGAACUAUGAUGAAAAUCAGAAGCUGCUGGAGGACAAGGCCAAUGAACUGGUGGAUCUGGAGAAGGCUGUGAAAGAACUGCUUCAGGAGAUCAUGCCCAACAUAACUAUGAGACUGCAAUUACAUUGACCUCAUUGUUAAAAAAUAAAAUAAUAGAAAUGUGAUUUUUAAAAACGUUUUUGUUUACAGAUACUUUGACCAACUUGUAAAUACCCUGCAAGUUCAAUCAGAAUAAACUCCA